CUGUUAUUUAUUGAGAAGGUUUGGACCGAGCCCGUGGUCUCAGCGGUAUCACAAUAAUUAUCCAAGAUGGCGGACAGAAAGCACCGAAUCUGCAUGGUCUCGGACUUUUUCUACCCGAACAUGGGGGGAGUAGAAAGUCAUAUAUAUCAACUAUCACAACGAUUGAUACAAAGAGGUCACAAGGUUAUCGUCGUGACACACUCGUAUGGAGGAAGAAAAGGAGUUCGGUAUCUUACUAACUACCUCAAGGUGUAUUAUCUUCCAUUUGGUGUUUUUCACAACCAGUGUAUUUUGCCGACUCUCUACCUGGAUUUACCAAUUUUAAGAUACAUCUUUCUCAGGGAAAGGAUUACGAUAGUCCAUGGCCACUCUGCAUUCUCUACACUUUGCCAUGAUGCCCUUCUACAUGCUCGGACCAUGGGAAUGAAGACGAUAUUCACCGACCACUCACUUUUUGGAUUUGCAGAUGCAAGCUCCAUCAUAACUAACAAGUUUCUUCAGUUCUCCCUUGCAGAUGUAGAACAUGUCAUUUGUGUAUCACAUACAAGCAAAGAAAACACAGUCCUUCGUGCCUCUACACAAUCCGGGAUGAAGCCAUAUAUUGUAUCUGUGAUUCCUAAUGCUGUGGAUGCUUCAAUGUUUACACCAUGCCCAUCAAAGCGAAGAAAAAAUUGUAUCACAGUGGUAGUUGUGAGUCGGUUGGUGUAUCGCAAGGGGAUGGACUUGCUGGCCGGUAUCAUACCAAAGCUUUGCCACAGGCAUUCUGAUGUGAACUUUUUAAUUGGAGGGGAUGGGCCUAAACGUGUAGUGCUCGAGGAGGUUCGAGAACAGAACCAAUUGCAUGAUCGAGUUGAGUUGUUAGGAACGCUGGAGCAUGACAAAGUACGAGAUGUUCUCGUUCAAGGGGACGUAUUCUUGAACACGUCGCUGACAGAGGCGUUCUGUAUGGCUAUUGUGGAGGCUGCAAGCUGUGGGCUUCAGGUUGUAAGUACGCGUGUUGGUGGCGUUCCUGAGGUUUUACCGCCUGAUAUGAUAACCAUGGCAGAACCCAGUGUACAAGCUCUCGUGGAUGCUUUAGAAGACUGCAUUCGCCGUGUAAGGAGUAGGAGCGUCAUCGACACACACACAGCACACGAGAGAAUAAGGGCUAUGUACACAUGGACUAACGUCUCCAAGAGAACAGAAAAGGUUUACGACACUGUCGCCAGUUUACCAAGCGUUCCUUUUGAAGAACGAUUAAAAAGGCUGUAUAUGUGCGGUAGCAUAGCGGGGAAGAUAUUCUGCGUCCUUGCUGUGAUAGACUUGAUAAUACUCAUGAUGCUCGAGUGGCUAGUCCCGAGAAAGAAUAUUGACAUGUGUCCGGAAUUUGACGCCGUAACCUCCCAGCCCGUUACAGCCGAGGUACCUCGCCAAACGAACCACGUGAUGACAAGGUCCCAACACCGAAUAUUAAGAGGAGAAACCUCACCAGUAGACUUGUUACACUAAAUAUUGGGCAAGCUCAUGUACCCAGAUAUUAACAAUGCGCCAAACAGUAAAGAGACAAAUGCUAGCCUGAAAUAUCUCCAAAUAAACUGUUUUGGGUUGUGGAUCACUCACAAAGAAGCGCAGUCCCUAAGUGUGGGUAUGUUUUAGUAUGCCGUCAGGCUGCUAUCUGACCUUUACCAAUUUUUGUGGUAAAUUGACGAGAAUUCCGCAAAAAUAUUCGCACAUCAAACCCUCCCUACCACCUCAAAAAUAUCCUUCAAAACCAAUUUAUUGAAAACAACCGCCAUCAACUAAAAAAAUUCGAUACACAACAAUUCUUUUAAACAUACCGGCCUACUGAAACAUCUUCCCGCUACCCAUCGUGUGUGCGUACUACCGGUCAAGGCACAGAAGGAGCGAAGACACAGAAAUAGGUCAAUUUAAGAAUGUAAAUAUUUUUUUACAGAAAGGUAGUCUAUAUAAAUGAUUUUAAAUAGAUACUAAAAUAAUAAAGUGGUUCUCAUUAACCCGUAAACUACAA